GCGUCUCUCUAUAUCGUGGUCUGUGCAUACCCAUUUCGCAGUGCUCCACGACUUGCUGGCACUAUAUGGUUGACUCUGCCAGCGAUUCUCUAGGCCCCAUUUCUUCUGCGACCGUCUCCUCAGUCCUCGGCAUAAAGGGGUCCCUUCGUUUUCGCCGGCAUGGUGCAAGUCAGAAGGCACACGUCGUCCUACGACGCGUAGAACUUUCAGAAGAGUCCGUACAUGACGCUGGUAAAGGGCCUGUUGCAUACUUUAGCCUUUUUGCGCAGAAAAGAAUCGAAGUCAAGCCUGGCAAGGAGAUUUUACUAGCCGUAGCUUCCGAGGAUGGAUCUUUCACAGACCAAGCCGUCAUUUUCGAAGGAGAUCUUUUUGCUUCAGAUACACAACCUGAUGCCGAACAGGAAACGCAAGAUGAUGUCGAACAUGUUGUUGAGGUUCCAUUCGUCCCUCCAAAAAUGAGGAGAACGUGGAACAAGGCAUAUGAACAGGUGAGCGUAGUGCCAGAUAGCGCCCACCGCCCGCCACCUCUACCUGAGCGUGUAUCAGUGGGUGUCCAGGCUCAGCCAUCAUGGGCGGUGAGUUCGGUCCAGGCAGUUCCAAUAACAUCUCCUGUUCGAAUUGGACAACACCCAUCGCUUCCGGAGGACAAAGAAGAUUUGAGCCUCGAUACACGCUCGUCGGAGGUAGUGGGACUAUAUCCUGCUCCUCAAAAAUUAUCUUUAUCUCCGACUCUUAAUGCUGUUAUAAUGGACGAAGAUCGUGAACGUAGCUUGUCACCAAUGAGUUUGGGCUCUCCUUCUAGCACUCCUCCUCAAUCUCCCAUUAUCGAGCGCAUACCGAAUGUUUUUAGAGUUCAAAGUCCUGUAACAGAACCUCCAAAAAGCUCUCAAGACAGCGGUAUGGACCUCUCAAGCGACUCGCAAGACGAGAAGCAAAUUGAAGAUGAUCUUCGCCACCCAGGGGAUACUAGCAGUUUACCUGCAGAACCUAGCACUCCCACUUCCGAGACUGCUGACAUGGAUCUCCAGUCUUCUCCUAGUUCUGCAUCUUCCUCGUCGUCUGACAUACCUGGUCUUGUAACCGGUUUAUCAUGGCGUGCACCUGCGCCACCUCAUCGACCCGUGGAACCCGGGCUCGAACAGCCAAGUUCACCCCCGAAAACAGUUAUUCCCUCUCUUCCGUCUGUGCAACCCUCUAUCUCUGAACGAAUACAUCCUUCUCUAAAAGAGUCUCCACCUUCUGCGGUGCCUCCUACCGUCAAUAAACCUGCGACUCUUCCCCCAAAACUCACAAUAAGUGUUCCAAAGAAACCGGCGAUUGUCAAUCCAUUCGUUUCUGGUGGAUUCAUGACAGAGUUUGUUGGUUCGCCUGCAUCGCUCACUGCUCAAAAAUCGCUACCACCGAAGUCUCGCACCGGCUCACCGAACAUGUCUGAGGCACAGUCAACUCCUACGCCCAUCUCAACGCCUGCACCCCCACGUUCGAAUCCUCCACCUCAAGCACCUACAUUCAUUCCUGCUUCUUCCACUGUGUCCACUUCCCUAUCUCCUUGUGCACCUUCAUCCCAGUUUUCAACAAAGCCUUCCCCUCCACCUCUAGCAGUGCCUGCAAGACUAUCUGCUCAAGAGCAACGUCUUCUUGCAGCCCCCUUACCUCCAACUCCCUUCAUCUGUGCCUCAGCCGCCACGAACUCAAGCAUACCCCAGUUCUCUCCCCCCUCGUCCGUCAGAAACUGUGAUCGCUUACUCCAAUAAGGCGCCUUACAAGCCCAGUUAUUCACCUUUAACGUCAGCCAGCGAUGCAAGAAUAUCCUAUAAUGCUACCGGAACAAUAUCUAAUCCUUUGAACAUUCGCCCUUCACGAUUUGCCCCACUCAAAGCUACUCCAAUCCAAUCUCAGCAAGCGCCGAAGAAACCGUUGACAAUCGGUAAUGGCUGGCCGCACACACGACAGGCUAACGGACAUGGCUCUACGU